AUGGCAAAGGCUGAACCGCUUGACGAGAUUCAAUGGAAGUCGCCCGAGUGGAUCCAACAGUUUGGGCUUCAUUCUGAGAACGUGCUAGACUAUUUUUCAGAGUCCCCGUUCUACGAUCGUACUUCCAAUAACCAAGUGCUAAAGAUGCAGUUUCAGUUCCAACAAGUGCCGCCCAACGUACACCCACAAGAGUAUUUGCGACAGAAGUUGGUGGAGAUGGUUGGUGUAGAGUUCAUCAUUGCAUACGUGAAGGAACCGGACUUCUGGAUCGUGAGAAAGCAGAAAAGACUCUCACCGUCCAAUGUAGCCGUGCAACAGGACUACUACAUAGUAGGGGCCAACAUAUACCAGGCACCCAAGAUAUAUGACAUAUUAAGCUCGCGGUUGUUGUCAAGUAUCAACUCCGUGAAACUGUCCUUGGACGUUUUAAACAAGAUAAGUAACUAUAACAUCGGUAAUGGUGGGCAUUCGUAUCCUACUGUGAACGACAAGCUGGCCGCCCUUCCAUCGUCUUCAAUGACUUCUUCCCAGAUGGAAGAGUCUGCUACAACAUCCACAACUGCCACGGGUGCCAACACUGCUACUCCCAUGGUCUCCACGCCAGGGACCGCAAUGCCUCCAGGAAGCGUGGUGCCGCCUGGUACUGUAGGUGCCAACAACAUCAACACCACUACAACACAUCCAUUACACAACGCUAACAAUGCUCUCAACAACAUCCUGUCGACGACGUUCGAUGGUUUGUUAAGCACGGUCAUAAACCUGAACGACCAGGGUACGUAUCUUGACGAUAUACCUUACUACGGGAAAGGAAGCACGGUAGAGAAAUUUGACUUGAAGAUCAACCUAGAAGACGAUUAG